CAGAUUGUUAGAAUCUGUAUUCAAAUUUGUAUUGAAUAGCAAUGUUGUCCAGAUUCGUACCCAACUUUGCUCAUGUUUAAGCCGACUUUCUCAAAAUGUGUGCAGAUCAUUUCAAGGAUUUCAGAAAAAAAUUGAAAGGCUUUCGAGCCAUUGGAGAUGAGAAACACCUGGCACCACUGGAUUGACCGGUUCUGCUUCAUGAGCAAAAUUUGAUAUUUUACCAUACCAAUGUUGAAGAAAAUUUGCAUUUAUCCUUCCAAUACUUAAUGUAGUGAAGUUUUAAGAUAUACAGUGUUUACUCUUGACUAGAUUAUACGUGCUUACAUUCAUUUCAAACGUUGCUUAGUGUUAUCGGUAUUAAAAGAGUCCGUGAAAGUGUAGUUUGAUAAAUGGCUCCGCUUGUCUAUAACAUUAAUCAGUUCAAGGACAUUGAAAACACAGUCAUCGUUGUACCAUUUAAAAGGACAACGUCCUUAUCCCGAUUCGUUUAAUUACCCGUUUACGCAUUCAGAAUAGCUAUUGCCAUUAGAUAGAAUAUAAAAGAUGAGUACAAACGGGACACAACUGCCCUCGCACAAUCAAACUCUAGUCGUAGACCUUACCCCUAACGGUAGCACAAGUAGCAUUGCGGUAAGCGAUGCCGAUUACCUUGGAGAUCCACCGGGCUACGAGGAUAUAGUUCCCCCUGAGGUACCACCUCCACCCUACGAGUCGCUCACCGGUCGUGUUCGUGAAGUACAUAAAGCAUCGAACGGAACAUUUGAUUUUAUUAAGAAUGUCGUGUCGGUUUUGUGGGAAACUUUGGGCAGCACCGUGAUUCUUGGUAUUACGAUCAUCGUCCCGAUCUGCAUGCUUGGCUUUGGUCUGGUGUUCAUGCGUCAGUGUCCUAAAAGCAAAUACAUUCCGGUUUUUCUGUUGGUCGGCGGUGGAUUGGGAAUCAUCAAGCAGCUGUUGCACCUGUCCAUACGGGUGCGCAGAAGAAUCGAAGACCGAGAACUGGAAAAACUGCGACAGGCUCCUACCCAUACCAUCAUCAAUUGUUUUCUGUCCAGUUGGUUCGUCAUUGGUUCAUAUUUUGUUUACGGGGUUUAUGAACCUAACUAUGAUCCCGCUAGCAAAGAUAACUACUGCAACAAAACACUGUAUCUGUUCUCGUUUUGGUUGCUUACAUCAAUUUAUGUAGUACUAGGUAUAGCAACCAUUAUUUUUGUCGGAAUGGCCAUUGUUGGGACCAUAAUUGGAUUCUUCUCGAUGCUAUGUGGCACCAAAGAGUCCGAGUAAUAUUAAUAUUGAAACUGAUAUUGACAGGGAUAUUGUGUAGGAGAUAUAAAAUGUAGGUUCUCUAGAACCAUUUGCUUUUUUGUGUCCACCUUGCAUUAAAAUUCAAGGAAUGAUCUCAGAAUAAUAAUACUUAAUAUUGACAAUUGACCUAGCUCUUAACCCUCCAUUCGAGUUUACUUGUUUUUUGAUGUUAAAUUUCAAUGUUGAAUAUGUGAUAUUUUCGCCCAACAUAGGUGUGUGUUUAAAAAAAAAACUAUUGUUAGAAAACUAACAAAAUAUUUAUAUACAUGAUUUACUUAACUGGCAAUGUAUUUAAUUUUAUUCUGCGUAUAUAGUAUUAUAACAUUUAAAAAAGAUAAGCAGGACUAGGUUUUCAAUAAUGCGAUGAGCAAACAAACCCACGCACAUUUGUAUAUUUUUCUAUACUCGCAUUUAUGAUAUUGAACGGUCCCUGACUUUUGAACUAUCCUUAAAACAAACAUAGUUAUUAAACAUACACAAAACUAUACGCAAACACUUUUGAUCGCAUUUACAAUAAAAAAAAAAAAACUAAUCUGAAAGUUCAACAAAGUACACUUUCUCAUGGAACAAUUAAAAAGCCAACCUCUUCUUAUGCCACCGAGCUAAUAUAAGCAACAAAUGCUUUACCCGUUGUUAACAACGAAUUUAUGGUUCAAUAUAGUGCUUGUAGAAACUGCA